AUGGCAUUGUUUCAGGAGAUGAAAGACAAAAGGUUGGACUGUGAUAUUGUGAUAUAUAACAUCUUGAUCGAUGGUUUCUGCAAUGUUGUGGAACUUAAGACUGCAAGAGAAAUCUUUAGUGGUCUUCCAGCAAAAGGAUUGCAACCUAAUGUCCAAACUUACAAUAUAAUGAUCAAAGGAUUUUGCAAGAAUGGACUAGUUGAUGAAGCGAAUGAGCUGCUUGAGAAAAUGGAUAGCAACGGUUGUUCACCUAACGAGCGAACGUAUAACACAAUAAUUCAAGGGUUAUUGCAACAUAGUGAGACAUCAAAGGCAACAAAAUAUCUCAAAAUAAUGGUUAAAAAGGGUUUUUCAGCAAAUGCGACCACUGCAACCAUGUUUAUUGACUUGCUGUCAUCAAAUCAAGUAGAUGAAAAUAUUCAAGAAUUGCUUCCGAAGUUCAUGUGA